CUCCUGCCCUCCAUGCUGAUGUUCGGCGUCAUCCUGGCCUCCAGCGGGCUCCUCCUCAUGAUCGAGCGCGGCAUCCUCGCCCGGGUCGGGCCGCCGCCGCUGCACCCGCCCGCCGGGCCGUCCCGGAGGGACGGGCGGGACUCGACGGCGGAGCUGGAGCUGGAGGUGCUGCGGGACACUCGGAACCGCACGAUCCGCGCCCUGUGCGGGCAGCGCUCGAUGCCCCGCAGCGUCUGGGAGCUGCCGCCCGGGCAGCGCCGCACGGUGCUCCGGCACCUCCUGGUUAGCGACAAGUACCGCUUCCUCUACUGCUACGUGCCCAAGGUGGCCUGCUCCAACUGGAAGCGCAUCCUGAAGGUGCUGGACGGGGCUCUGGAGAGCGUGGACGCCAAGGGCAAGAUGGACCACAAGAGCGACCUGGUGUUCCUGGGUGACAUGAAGCCGGAGGAGAUCAGCUACCGCCUGAAGCACUACUACAAGUUCGUCUUCGUGCGGGACCCGAUGGAGAGGCUGCUCUCGGCCUACCGGAAUAAAUUCGGGGAGAUCAAGGAGUACCAGCAGAAGUACGGCGUGGAGAUCGUCCGGCGGUACCGGAAGAACGGGGGGAACUCGGCCGGCGACGACGUGUCCUUCUCCGAGUUCCUGCAGUACCUGCUGGACGAGGACGUGGAGCGCAUGAACGAGCACUGGAUGCCCGUCUACAACCUGUGCCAGCCCUGCGCCGUCAGGUACGACUUCAUCGGCUCCUACGAGCGGCUGCACGCCGACGCCAACCACGUGCUGGAGCGCAUCCAGUCGCCCUCCUUCGUCCGCUUCCCGGAGCGCCAGGCCUGGUACAAGCCCGUCACGGCCCAGACGCUGCACUACUACCUGUGCAACACCCCGCGCCGGCUGAUCAAAGAGCUCCUCCCCAAAUACAUCCUGGACUUCUCCCUCUUCGCCUACCCCCUGCCCAACGUCACCAGCGAGUUCUGCAGGCAGUGAGCGGCGGGUCCAGCCGGGAGACGGCGGGAAUUCCGCCUCGGCUACAGGGAUGGGCUCGCGCAGCCCUCGCUGCUGCGUGAGGCGCGCUUCUCUAUGCAUCGUUUUCCUAAUUUUACACUCUGUAAGCGCUCUUUAUAUGAAAUACUCUCUACCGCCUUCGCUGCUUAGGAUCCUUUUUGUACCUCUCCGACUUUGCGGCGUGCGUAACGCCGCCGGCUCGAGCGCGGUAGCUUUUUGUAUCCCUGUUUUGCUCUAAAUCCCUUUUUUACGCCGCGACGUGGAGAACUCCUGUAAGGAAUCUGAGAAAUUUAUACGUUUUGAGUAUUUUUCUUCCUCUUUUUUAGGGCUCUGUACUAAGCGUCGGGCGAAUUGAGAUCGUAACGUGGCGGUUGAUGCGCUAAAAAUUAGCGUCACUAAACCGGUCCCGGGUGGGUUUUAGAAUAAAAAAGAUAAACGAGGUCCCAUUUAUCCUUUUAUUUUCUCAUGCUUGUUAUUUACCUUUGAAAUAUAACUAGGGAUAGUAUAAUACCCCCCCCUUUUUUUGGGGUGAUUCUGGAAUUACAACUCUUUACCCAACAUCAUGUGUCAGAUGCAAUAUCAAGCCCUUUUCUCUGAAUUGAAGCAAUACAGACUCAAAGCUCACCCCGGCCCUUAGGAUGGGAAACGAAUCCCACGGGCCACGUGCCAGCUUGCAGCCUCGUGGGUCCCUGCGUGGAAACCGCUGUGGAAAACCCCUUUCUCCAGCCGUGUUGGAAACAAUGGUGAUUUGUGGGUGAUUCUUCCUCCUUCAAUAGGUGUGCACAGCCUUUUUGUAGCUCUUGUAUUUAAUGAUGGCUCUGAAAUCGGUGAAGUUUGGGAGAUAACGCAGGAUGUCGUUCCUGGGAGGCCGCGUCCUCGUUUCUAAUAAAGUUUUUAUAUGAAUUAGCCCGUUAGUGCUUUUCCUUGGGAUUGUUUGUGGCCUUGGAGAGGCCUCUGCCCCUCAUGCUGAGCCUCAGCACAAAGGUGGGAUGAAUUGGUCGUUGCUGUCGUGAUUAAUUAAUGUUUUAAUUGCCAGAGCAGCACCAACACACGGAGAAGGGACACGCCAGAGCCGAAUGCAUAACAGGACACGGGGAAAUGGGAUGAAAAGCAGCAGCAGUGGGCUGCAAAUUGCUGUGGAGUUAGUCCAAAGUGCUAGGAAUGGGUUAUGGAGCCGGCGGCUUCCUGGGGCUCCUCUCUUAGUUUUCCUUCCCCCUUUUUGAAGGUAUUUUCUUCAGGACAUUAACAUUUUCUGAAAGAAGGGCAUGGAGCCCCAUCCAAGCCCACUGCUGGGCUAAGUGGCCAAGGACAGUUUGGGCUGAGGAAUUUUUACCUUUGCCAAGGGGGUCGUGACUGGGCAUGAGGGCAGUGACUGGAACAUUCAUGGAUUUGAGUUCCUGGCCGUGUCCUGAACGUGCGGGCAUCGAUCCCAGGCCAAAAGUGGGUCGGAAAUUGGCUUUUCUCUCUUGGUGCCCGCUCUGAGAUCGGCAGCGUUCCUGUCUGUCCCCAGGGGUUUUGGUGCCCGGUGCUGGAAGAACUGGAGAUCCAUCCUCCAGCCAAAGGCACCAGAUUUGGCUGGGAAUCGGAUUUUUGUUUUGUAAAACAGAUGCUGUUGUGGGGGUGGUGGGCUGAGCUGUAAUUAAACCCGACCUCCAGGUCUCCCUAACUAGGAAUAAGUUGGUGAGACUUUGCUAUCUUUGCUUCUGGGAACAUUUCCCACUUGU